AUGGAGCUGAAGCAAAACCAAAUCAAUGACCUCUUUGCAUUCCCUUCUGCAUGGAAUCAGCUUGCUUUUUCCUCAAAACCGCCUCCGAAGCUUCUUAAAAUUGCUCUGUUUGUCAAGAAAUGGCCUCAUAGAUCUCAAGCAGGAGGGCUUGAAAGGCAUGCCUUGACCCUCCACCUUGCACUUGCCAAAAGGGGUCAUGAGCUUCACAUCUUUACCACUUCUCCUUCUUCAAAUUCCUCCUUCCCAAGGUACCCAAUAAGCAAUUUGUAUUUUCACCUCUCAAAACCAACUGCUGCUGGGUAUCUGGACCAAGCUCUGGUUUGGAAGCUGUUUCAAACUCAAAACUCAACAGGAAGGCCUUUUGAUGUGAUCCACACUGAAAGCGUGGGCCUCUUGCACACUCGAUCGCGUAACCAGACAAACCUGGCUGUUACUUGGCAUGGGAUUGCAUAUGAGACUAUCCAUUCUGACAUCAUACAAGAACUUUUGCGCAGCCCCAAAGAACCACAGGGAUCUGCAUUGACUGAAAGAACUAUGAAGGUUAUUGCAGAGGUGAGGUUUUUCCCCAGUUAUGCUCACCAUGUUGCUACCAGUGACCAUGUUGGAGAUGUACUCAAGAGGAUUUACAUGCUCCCGGAUGAUCGCGUUCACAUUAUUCUUAAUGGUGUCGAUGAGGAUAUUUUUAAGCCAGACAUUGCCAAGGGAAAUGACUUUAAGAAAAAAUUUGGAGUACCUGAAUCCAGGACACUGGUUUUGGGAAUGGCUGGAAGGUUGGUAAAGGAUAAAGGGCACCCCUUGAUGUUUGAGGCUUUGAAACAAAUGCUAAAGGAAAAUGAAGCAUUUCAGCAAAGUAUUGUGGUUCUGGUUGCUGGUAAUGGUCCUUGGGGUGCUAGGUACAGAGAUCUUGGAACUAAUGUACUUGUUUUGGGGCCACUGGAACAAGCUCAGCUUGCUGAGUUCUAUAACGCAGUCGAUAUUUUUGUGAACCCGACUCUACGCGCUCAGGGAUUGGAUCAUACUUUGUUAGAAGCAAUGCUGUCUGGGAAGCCAGUAAUGGCAACAAGGCUUGCUAGCAUUACGGGUUCUGUGGUUGUUGGCACAGAAGUGGGAUAUACAUUUUCCCCAACAAUAGCUUCACUAAAGACGACCCUCUAUAGAGUUUGGAAAGAUGGCAGAGAAGACUUAAAGCAGAAAGGCCAGGCAGCAAGGCAGAGAGGUUUGCAAUUGUUCACUGCUACCAAAAUGGCUGCUGCUUAUGAAAGGCUUUUCCUUUGCAUAUCCAAUGAUGAGAACAGAGGGGACAACUAUUGUCAAUAUCAGAUUCCAUAACACUUAAUUAGCAGAUCCUUCAUAUAUCUCUAGUCCCCAAGGAUGAUUAUGGCAUCAGACUACAACAUUUUGAAAGUUCAGAGGACCAGGUAGUGUAGAAAACUUUUCUUGAAGAUGAACUAGAGGCUUGUCACCGGAUUUUCGGCUUUAGAAGCAAGCUUUUCUAACAAAAAACCACCAAGUGGAGAAAAGGCCAGACACGGCUGAAGAUCCAAUCUGUAUUGAAGCUGUAAGUAUCUUUGACAAUUUCCAUAUGCAUUAAAUUGGCUGAUAAGCCAAGGAUAGCUAGUGUGGAGGUUUUUUAUGACAUUUUUUUUGUUCUCUGCUAAAAUUCCAUGUAUCCUCUUACU